AUGAAUAUACAGAGAUAUGAUAAAAUUACUGUGUUACUCCUGCUACUUUAUAUUGCCGGUUUAUCGGUUGCUUCACAACCAACAACACUAAAUGUAUUCGAUUCAAAUGGAAUGUAUUACGCGUUUAACAUGACGAAUGGCGAGGUAAUCAUGAAGCAACAGAUACCUUUCCCAAGUAAAUUGUCAGCUUUGUAUGGUAUUGUUAGAACGAGAAUUGGUGAUGACUAUCUUCUCUAUGGAGGUAAUAUCACUCAAGCCGGUCAAAGUUACAUUCCAAUCAUUUGGACAUACAACAUACAAAGUAAUACCUUGGUUGAAAAAUCAUCGAUUAACAAAAGAUUUGAACAACUCGAUUAUUCAUGGGAUCUACAGAUCGCAUCCUAUGACUCACUUAACAAUAUUGUUUAUUUGAAUGCAGAGGCACCAACUGGUCACCCCAUGUUGUUAAAGUUUGAUUUUAAUCAACAUAUAGAAGAUUUAAUAGAAUUACCAGGAACUGGAUCAUAUGUACAAUCAUCUUAUAAUGAAUCCACUCAUACCUGUUACCUUGGUGGUCAGAAUGAUGCACCGAACUCCUGGGGCCAAAUGGUAAUUGUUACCUAUGAAUCGUUAACAGGUGAUAUGACAUCGAGAACACUUACUCUUGAUACAGUCUCCAAUCAAUGUUACUACCGAACUACGAUGUAUUUAUACAACUCAAAGUACUUUGCUGGAUUACAACCUGCCAACGGCGAUUGUUCAUCGUAUAUCUUGGAGUUGGAUAUGUUCAGCAACACCACCAAUAUACUUGCCACCAUUCCACAACCGAACAACUAUGCAUACGAUGAUAUUAUGCCAUUUAUAUUCGACGAAAUCAAUGGAUAUAUCACGAUGGUCAGUUUCGGUCAGGAUGGACUCAAUCUCGAGAUUUGCUCGGUCAAUCUCGACAACUAUGGAGUUAGCCAAUAUUCAAUUUCAGCAUCCCAACUUCCCGAUAUUCAAUUCUAUGCUUUCUUGAUGACAACUUCAUAA